UUGUUCUCUGUGUUUACUAUGUACUGUGUUGUUGUGGCCCAGGCUGUCCUCCGCUGCAGGGCUCAGAGAGCAGCCAGCAGAACUUCAUGGGCGUCCUGGAGACGGCCAUGAAACUAGCCAAUCAGGACGCAGACGCAGAGGACGAGGACGGAACAGGGGAAUUGGCCAAGCCUGCAGUGGGAGCUCCAGUCCAGAAAGGCAAAGCCCUGACCCCUCCCACACCAGGUUCCGGAGGCAACACAACACAGGGCUCCAGACUGGGGCUUAAAGCCCAGCAGCAGUUGGACUUCCUGUUGCUGCGGCGACAGGCGUUCGUCCGUGCGGCGCUGCGUUCUAAACAGAUGAAGGACAUGCAGGGAGCGGCGGUCCAUCUCCGACACGCUAAAGGACUGGACCAGAUGAUCAGCGCCACCAAGGGAGGCCUGCCUGUAGACAUCACCAAGGUCCCCAGUGCUCCAGUCAGUGAGGAGGACUACUCUCUGGCUCGGUCUCGUUCCUCUCCUCGCUCCUCAGAGCAAUACAACAGCCUCAUGGAGCUGCUCCGACAGCAGCACCAGAAAUGUCUGGGUUACUCCCAGCAGUUCACUCACAUGGGAAGUGUGGCCGAGACCUCCAGGUUUGAGAAGCUGGCAGAAGAGUGUAUGCAGAACAUUGAGGUGCUGAAGAUGGCCCACGCCAAGGGCCAACCUGUCCCCAAAUACCACACUGAGGAGAGGACCUUCAACACUGUCAAAAUGUAUCCUGACCUGACAGCCAAUGAGAUGACGCUGUACAUCGUGAAGGGCAUCAAUCUACCUGCUCCCUCAGGAGUCUCUGCCAGUGAUCUGGACACCAGUGUGCGCUUUGAGUUUCCUUUUCCUAGUAUGGAGGAGGCCCAGAGGGAUAAGACCAGUACAGUGAAGAACAGCAACAGUCCAGAGUUUAAAGAGAAGUUUAACCUGAACAUCAACCGUCAACACAGAGGCUUCAAGAGGGUCGUCCAGGCCAAAGGCAUCAAGUUUGACAUCAUCCACAAGGGGGGUCUGUUCAAGGGGGACAAAGUGUUGGGGAACGCUCAGCUGAAGCUGGACUCACUGGAGAACCAAUGUGACAUCAGACAGAUUAUAGAGGUGUUGGAUGGUCGUAAGGCUACGGGGGGUAAGCUGGAGGUGAGGGUGAAGAUUCGGGAGCCGCUGGGAGGAGCACAGCUUCAGAUCACCACAGAGAAAUGGCUGGUCCUCGACCCUGAACCAAUCACCACCCCCGACAGAGAGAGAGAACAACAGGUAAGGAGAGAGAGAGAUGGCUGGUCCUCGACCCUGAACCAAUCACCACCCCCGACAGAGAGAGAGAACAACAGGUAAGGAGAGAGAGAGAUGGCUGGUCCUCGACCCUGAACCAAUCACCACCCCCGACAGAGAGAGAGAACAACAGGUAAGGAGAGAGAGAGAUGGCUGGUCCUCGACCCUGAACCAAUCACCACCCCCGACAGAGAGAGAGAUGGCUGGUCCUCGACCCUGAACCAAUCACCACCCCCGACAGAGAGAGAGAACAACAGGUAAGGAGAGAGAGAGAUGGCUGGUCCUCGACCCUGAACCAAUCACCACCCCCGACAGAGAGAGAGAUGGCUGGUCCUCGACCCUGAACCAAUCACCACCCCGACAGAGAGAGAGAACAACAGGUAAGGAGAGAGAGAUGGCUGGUCCUCGACCCUGAACCAAUCACCACCCCCGACAGAGAGAGAGAUGGCUGGUCCUCGACCCUGAACCAAUCACCACCCCCGACAGAGAGAGAGAACAACAGGUAAGGAGAGAGAGAGAUGGCUGGUCCUCGACCCUGAACCAAUCACCACCCCC